CCGAUCACAGCCUUCUCAUACCUGUGCCUCCUGUCUCUUCCAGGUCACAAGCGCUGCUGCAUAGUCAGAUCGAUUGGGCAGAACACGACAGCUUCGUAUAGCAUAGCCCCGCCCUUGCUCUGCCACGAUAAGAAGAUCUCUGCCUUCUUGCGUGGCCUACGGAAGAUCAACUUCGACAUAUAAAGGCUCACUUGACUAAUCUACAAACAUGUCUUACGGAGGAUACGCACCCCCUGCUGGUGGUCCACCCGGAUACGGUGGUGGAGGCGGUGGCGGAUAUGGCGGCGGAUAUGGCGGACCUCCAGGAGGAGGCGGAUACGGCGGCGGGUUCUCCGCUCCCGGCGCUGGCGGUCCCCCUCCCGGUGCCGAUCCUCAGCUUUGGCAAUGGUUCUCAUCGGUGGACACCGAUCGCUCCGGAAACAUCAACGCUAAUGAACUCCAACGAGCCCUGAUCAAUGGCGACUGGAGCCCGUUCGAUCUUGACACCGUUAAGCUUUUGAUGACCAUCUUCGAUACCGAUCGGAGUGGAACCAUCACUUUCAACGAAUUUGCAGGUCUAUGGAAGUACAUCCGAGACUGGCAAAACGUCUUUCGCCACUUCGACCGCGAUCGCUCAGGAUCCAUUGACGGUCGCGAACUCCAGGAGGCUCUGUCGCAGUUUGGCUACAAUCUCUCCCCCCAACUGCUCACCCUCGUCGAACGCAAGUACGACAUGAAAGCUGGCGCCGCUAGCGGAACAGGCAUCACGUUUGAUCGUUUCGUCCGUGCUUGUGUCGUGAUCAAGCAAGUUACGGAAUCCUUCCAGCGCCUCGACACCGACCGCGAUGGUUGGAUCCAGAUCAACUACAACGACUUCAUGCAAACCGUGCUCAGCGCUCCCUGAGCGGAUGACUGCGAUAAAUCCGUCCUUGGUCGACGCUGUUUGAAGAUGAUGUACUCUUGCGUGCAUUCGAAUCUUUCUGUGCUGGACCGUCGCGCCUUGUUCUAUGGUCGUGUUGAUUAUCCUACGUAAUGGCACUCAUAUAUGUACUUUGUAACAACAGAGCUGGCUGGCCAUGCGAUAGGCAAGCAGUAUAACACCGCGAU